AUGCCACGUCUGAUGAGUUACGUAAUCGGCCCUAUGCGAUCGAUGGCUAUGGACGAUGUCGAGUUCGUGUUACUGAAAGCGAUUGUGUUUUUCGGUGAAGAUUUUGGACUGAGCUCCGAAGGAAAAGCAGUGGUGGCAAAAGGAAAAGAGCGUUUUCUCAACGCCUUGUACGCAUACGUGAGGAAUCAAAAAGUGGACAACGCUCCGCACGCAACUUGUCGUGUUGCCAAGUACAUGCUUAUGCUUUCCGCACUUACGGCGCUUUGCCAUCUGCUGAACGAGGAAGUUCAGAUGACAAGUUUGUUUAACAUAAUCGAAUUCGACGAAUUGAUUCAAGCCUGCCACAAGACGAGUCCACCACGAUCACCGAUAGACCACACCUUUCUUGACGUUGUGCACCUCGCGAACGGUCGCGAGCCUCUCACUCGUGACCUAGUACAAAGUAUGCGUAUUGAUUGUAGACCUCGCGCUUGCUAG